GGUGUUUCUGAUUUGGAAUUUUUAUAAAUUUAUUUUUGCAAAUGGGUGGAAAAGGCAAGAAGAAACGUAAUAGCAAAGAUUCCUCAUCCAGUAAUAAUGGUAAUGGCGAGGAGGGGGAGAAGAAAAAAGAUGGUAAGAAGAAGAGCAGCGGCAGCAAGUCGCUGGGUUGCGACAUCUUCAACGAUGUAGCCAUGGAAAAUGCCUACUAUGUGUGUCACAAUGUGCAGGACUUACUCAAAACACGUGGCUUUGCUUGGCCCGAUGGACAAAAGAAGAAGAAAAAGGGCAAACGUUAAAUACUUAUUUAUUGUAUUUUUAGUGAAUCCAAGUUAAACGUUCUAAAAAUAUACAUAUGUAUUUAUUUUA